AUGUCCGAAGUCAAGUUAAAUAUUACCAGAGACGUGGUCAGAGCUAGUGAGACUCUGUACAAGGCAUUUGAUGAUUCGCAUGCCUUCGAUUACAUCACCAAAAAGUUCUUCAACUUGCCGGUGGAUGAGUAUGUCUCCAAGGACAGAAUCAACGCAAUUACACAUUACUAUGUAGCCUGCUACCACGACAGUAACGGUGAAGUGGUAGAGGCUAACGAUUACGACGCGGUGGCAGUCUUCUCCUUGCCAAACCAGCACCUGCCAAAAUCCUUGACAAACGACCCACAUUUCAACCAGGUGUUUUUCCAUGAUUUGAAGAGCAGACUAGCAGAGGUGAUCCCUGAGGACAUCCACUACUACUACUUGUUCAUGAUCGGUAAGGACCUAACCCGUAAGGACACUAAGGGUUCCGUUAGAAAGAUCUUUGAAGAGUACAAGAAGAGGGCUGACGCCGAGAACUGUGCCAUUGUCCUGGAGGCCAUCGCUGAGCACGCCAGAUCAGUCUACGAGUACUUCGGUUUCAAGAACUACAAGACCUUCCAUUACGGUGUGGGCGAAGUCAACGAGCAAGGCCAGCCUGAUCCAAAUGGGAAAGGUUUCACCGGCUACCUCAUGAUCUACCACAAGGACGGGGACAAAGUUUUGAGAGAAUAA